CAAAGGAUCAAAACACAGAGAGAUCCAAAACUUCAGUAUCUCAUUAAGAACUUCACCGUUCGGAGGAUUACUGUGUUGAAUUAACAGAAGCAAAAUGGGUUCUCUUAUGGCGGGAUGGGACUCUCCCACCAUCGAUCCUAAAUCAGCUAAACUGAAGAGAAAUCAGUCUCUCACCAAGGAAGAAAUCGAUUCUUACUGGAAAUUAAAGAAGAAGACAGAAGAAGAACACCUGAGAGCCAUUUCCAAUUUAUCAGAAACCAUCAAGGAGAACAAAUACGAGGAGUCUGAGACGAAGUUACAGAAGUCGAAGAGCAUGCCCUUGACCCGCACAAAAGAGUCGGUGGAUGUGGAUGCAGCAGACACACGCCUGGAACAGCUGAUCAAGAAAAACGUGUGGUGGACGAAGAGUAACUGGGCAUUUCUGAACGAACCUCCGGUGAUGGAGGCUGCUUCCAGCAGGUAUGCAUCGCAGUUCCACGUAGCCAACAUGGGAGCACCCAAGUAUAACCCCGCAGAUGGGAUUGGUGCCUAAUAUCAGAUUCGCUGUUAUAACUACGUAUGUAAUGUAGGGUUGUGUGCGCGCCUAGCGGGGUUUGGUCUUUAUCAGUUAUUGUUGUUUCCAUAUAUACUCCUUUUAGUCCUAAAUAUAAGAAUUAUUUUGUAGUGUAGUUUAGUACCGGAAUAAUAUAUAUGACGGGAUUCUGUGUUAAAUAGAACUGCUUUUAGUUGUUUUUGCUGCUGGUUUAAUAACAUGCCGGUAUACCCUUCGCUCGCCCCUUCCUUGCUGUCUUAUCGACAACUUCUGCUUUCUGAUCGCAAGCUUCUAGUCGAUCAGUUUCUAUUUUAA